AUGCUGGGUUUUGGCAACACUGCACUUCGUAACCUUGGAACCGGCACAAUUCUGGGCAACAUCCCUGACAACCCGCCAUCGGCUCAUGCUGAACAAAUCCAGCCCACAGUCGUUGCGUUCAAGAACUCCUUGCCCAGAAGACUCAAAGAAAUGGAUCCCGACUUCUACCUCAUCUCCUUCCAAGGACACCUCGCCUUGCAGAUCGCAGAGUUGACGGUCUCAGCGAAGCGUUCCAAGCUACCUCAACAUCUGGUUCCCCCGCUGGCCUACUUGAGAGCCUUGUCCCACAGUAUCGAUCAAAUCAGCCAACCAGCACAACACACCACGAAGGUGACACAAGCAAAGAAGUGUGAACAGAUCCAAAGAUUUCUUGAUUCACUCGCGGAUGAGUCCGGCAGGUUGUUGGAGAAUGAGCCAGAUGGUCAAGACAAAGGAUGGCAACAAGAAGAUGGACUCCAACAUCUUGUUGCCUUGUACGAUUCUGAUCUCCGCAAGCAGCUGGAAUCGCUGAAGCCGCGGGUAGUUGAGGACCAAGUCAUUUUCGGAACCAUCGUGCUCGCGUUCGGCGUUCUGAUCUUGUUGAUCUACUUCAAGCAUGUAUUGUUCUGA